AUGUGCUUUUACUGUGGCAAGGUGGGACACAUUGAGAAAGGGUGUGGCAUAAGAAUAUAUGAUGUUGAGCACCAAUCGUUGAAGGAGGGUCAGUAUAGGGAAUGGAUGAAGGCCGUGGAAGGGUUGCAGGGUCUUAGUUGGAAUAGUAAUUCAUCCCCGGGGCUAGAUGGAGACCAACCUUCCUCUCAUUUUAGAGAUACAACUGCUAUGAAUCAGAGCCCUGCUUCUAAUAGGGAUUCACCUGGCCUAACACAAAGUUCAGUCCCUAAAAAUAUAUCGUCUCAGCACAUGGCAGUUAAGGUAGCUAAACAAGGGGAGGGAUCAUCUACAGGGAACAAUGAUAAAGAAAUGAUGCCCUACGAGCCAUCAAUGGAGGUCAUUCAAGUAGGCAACCCAGAACCAUUGGCUACUGUUCAGGAAAGUUUGGAGCCAGGCCAAAGUUUCAAAAUAGAUAAACUAGGCAAUAGCACUGGAACCACAGUGAAGAGAACCAGAGAGCAGAUUGCUGCUGAGGCGACGAGGCCCGCCGCAUCUGGCUUCAGGACACCGAGGCUCUCUUCUACUCCGCCGGAGACUUGCUUGACGGAACUGAAAAUCCAUCAAAUUCGAACUAAAGCAUCUUGUGCUGCUUCAUGA